AUGAGUGCCUUCUUCGCCAAAGUUCGGGGGGCGUUCCAGAACGUAACUUCGUUUGCGGCGGACGCCAGCUACGACGAGGAGCUCAAUCGCCUCAUUCAGCGCUGCAAGCAGUACAAGGAUGUGAACGAUAUGAUUAUCAAGCAGGCCAAGCUAUAUGACACGUCGCUGCGGGACCUUUCAUCCGUGGGACGUGCAGCCGGAGAAACGUACAUGUCCAUAGCUAGCUUUCGAAGCUUCCCUGGCGGCGCUGUCGCGGGAGAGUCAGACUUGCGGCUGGCGCAGGCGCAAGGUUCGUUUCGAACCAGGAGUAUAAGCUCGCUUAGCACGGCGGAUGCCAGUGACCGGAGCACAGGAGCGGGAUCCUUCUAUCUGUACCGGAGCGACGAACGUCGCGUGCUAGCGCAGCUCGGCCGAGCAGAGCGCGCUGCGCACCAGGCACAGGCUGUGUUCGCAGAACGUAUUUCGGCCCCGAUUAUCCUCGAGGGCCGUCAGUUUAAAGAGCGGUACGAUGAGUUGCGACGGCUCAAGUCGCUCUACAAACGAUGUAAGCGAAGGUACAUUCAGGCACAAAGAGCUCUGGCAUCGGAGAAAGCGAAGCGGGUUCCUUCUAUGGAAGCACAGGUGAAGCUCGUGGCCAAGCUUGCGGAGCACGAGGAAGAGUUCAAACGCGUGACAGAGAAACUGUUCGUUCACGCAAAGGCACUCGAAGAUGAACAUCACUAUUCGGUCAUGCAACAUGUUUGCGGCUUUCUAUUGCACCAUUACAACGCACUCGUUAUCUCCUUGCGCGCUAUCAAGAACGUGAUCGCCAUCGCAGAGAAACACAUUCCGGAGAAAAUUCAGCUUGAGAGGCUGGAAAGCCUUGCCAUCGAAUUACACAAACUCUUGCCGUCAGCGGAAGCAUUUGAACACGCUGGAUUGGGAGGGACGGACGCCGUACCUAGUUUGCCGGAUAGUUCCCAGAGUUCGUCUGCUGGACGUGAGGAUGAGUCGGAGCUUCGUCUGCGAAUACAGCGCUCGGAAGAACUACUCAGCGUGGCGAAUGCCGAGUCUCAGCGGUGGAAGAUGCUUUAUCUCCAAGCAGAGCGAAAGAAUCGCGCACUUUACCUCGAGAAUCACCGUCUUAAGAAUAUGAUGCAUGGAGUUGAUUGCUCCUCUAUCCGAGACGACCGACAGUCCACUUCUUCGUUCAUGUUCGAUGAUCAGCGGUUGAUGACUGAGGCGCAGGCCCGGCGAGGUCAUAUCACCUAG